AUGGCGACAGGCCCUCCAUUCUUCGUGUCUAUUCUUUCGUAUAACUACAACCAUCAAGGGUCACACCGGAGGGGGUAAACCCCAGGGCUUAUUUCUUCCAUGUAUUUUGUCAAGAUGCCCUACCUUCCUCCUGCGUUGCGUGCCUAAUUUUGUUUCUAUCGCGAGAAGGACCAGCCGUCCCUUUCCUCGUCAACUGUACUAACGUCGAAGUUGGCACUCACGAGAGCUUUUCAGCUAUAUUUUCAUUUCACCCGCAAACUUUAUUUUUUUUUCACCCAAUGGGGAUUCGAAGUCAAGACCUCUGCGUCUAGCACGACCUCUGCGACUAGCGGUUUACGAGGAUACCACUAGACCACCGGGGCGACCGGUUGCGCAAGGAAAUACGGGCGGAAUGGUCUUCAACGGAUACAGCGGAAAGCAAGUGUUGUUGUUGUUGUCUUCACAUUAAACCGUAUGUCAGUUGCCAAAUGCCAAAAUCUAGCAAAGACUCUCAGCCCGUGGUCACGAAAGUGCUAGAGCCAUUUGAGGAUCUCAAGAACACGCACAAAUAAAUUGAGAAAAAGGUAUCCAAGAGCCCGAAGAGGGAUGACAAGACCUGUGCACAUUGACGUCGUGCGCGGUGUGCGGUCGGCGGGAAUUGGUCGUCGGUUGUCAGGUUAGCCGCGGCGCUGCAUUUUCGACUACUUAAAGAACAUGGCAAACCGGAAGGGGCAUGAGCAACACAGCAGAAUCUUCCUACAUCAGCAGCCCUGGCGAUAGACGUAAAAAUGGCAUGGGGGGUUUGGCGAGAAUAAAAUCUGCCUGCAGCAGCUUCUAUAGGUGUACACCACGUUUUUCUCAUCUUUGGCACAAGCCCUGCGGUCUACGACUAUUUGUAGACCAUACUUACGUUGCCCUUGCUCUCCUACGACACCCAGUCGCGCCACUCUGUAUUUCACAUACUACGUGCGUGCGUGUGUAGACCAUACAGUGUCCUUGUUCUCAGUAUGCACACAAUGUGUGCAUAUAUCUAUUAGUCUAGAUGGAUGCAUGCAUGCCAGUUUUGGAAUCGGCACGUCUCAAUAAUACAUCACCUUCAGCUCGACUGGGAUUUACAUGCGCCCGGCCACAUCUUUCUUGCGCAUGGGGAACCACUUCUUCUCCUUGACUAGCUCCAUGAGCUCGGUGAAGAACUGGUAGGGGAUGCGGAAGCGCCUCCGAAAAAGCUUGGCCUCUCUUGACGCUGGUUCCUUGAGGCCCGUCUCGCCCAGCAUGCGCCACCAAAACGAGGCGCGGUAGUCUGGCCGUGGAAGAACUCGGCGGGUACGCUUCACGGGGGAGCCACCGCCAAGGCCUUCGUCCUCCAACUCGUCGCCAUCUGGGAAGGACCGCAGGACAACUCGCCAGGUCGCCACCGUAAGCACAGCGCGUUGCCGCUCGCGACGUCUCCGCUUCGCUGCUGCAAGAAGAACAACUAGGUGGGCAUGUCGUUCGUCGUCGCUGCCGCUGUCGUCGGCCGCACUCGCGUGCUCCAUCGCGCACCCGGUCCAGUCUGUGCUGGGUGCUGGAAAGCUCGUGCACACACACGCCACGCUCGGUUGCCGCUCGGGAUGGAUGCGAUGUGACCCCGCGAUUUCAGCGUGUUCGAUCAAAACGAACAAUCCGUCGGCAACAUCCGGGCCCGAUUCCCAUACGACAUAUAUGCCCAACUUUCGUUGGGCCCUCGGCCCAGAUGUUCCAAACGAAUGUUUUGGACCCUUAACCCGCCGCAUCCGUGCCCAUAAGAUGGACAUGCCACGAAAAUGGAAAAAUAAAUCCGUUCCGUGGCCAACUUUCGGGAGCCAUAAGAGUCAGCCUUACGCGGAGGAAAAUGGCAUUUUCCAACAGCCCAAAUUAUCACAGCCCGAAUACUUUCAAGAAUCCCGGCGGUCCUAUUAGAAAAUUGGCCCAUUUUCUUACAGCGAUCCUGUUGAAAUAUCGCUCUUAGAAAUGGGGGGGGGUACCCCCUGGUCACACCCCGAUCGUUCCAGAACGCGGAACUACACCGUCUGCUGGCCAAACAGAGGCCAGUAAAAAGCAUGAGGCCAUGCUCGAACCCUCUGCAGGUAUCUAAAAUUCAGGGCGUUCUGCGUCGUGUUGGCCGCACACGAGCCGAAAACGUCAACCCUGCCACAUUGC